AUGCGCGCAAACCUCGCUGUCUUGGCCAGCUUCCUGGGCCUGGCCUCUGCUCUCCCGGCUGACGCCGAAGCUGUCGACAAGCGCCAGACUGUUCCCACCAUCUAUCUCUGCGGCGACAGCACCACGGCCAAGGGCGGAGGCGGUGGCGGCACCGAGGGUUGGGGACCGUACCUUCAGUACUCCUUCUCGACCAGCAAGGCCAAGGUCGACAACCGCGCCAUCGGUGGACGCAGAGUGACCAUGUCUUUAAUCGGCGUCGCCGAGACCGUUCUGACCUACCCGGCCUAUCUCAAAAAUGCUGCAAAGAAGUUUAAUGCCAAAGGAGCGAAAGUCAUUAUCUCGGCUGCGACCCCCAACAACGUCUGGGAGACCGGCACCUACAAAUGGGGAUACGACCGUUUCUUCUACUACGCUUGGCUCGCCGUCGAGCAGCUCGGCGGCCCCUCCAAGGGCUACUACUUCGUCCCGCACGGCGAGUACGCAGCCCAGGCGAUGAAGAACCUCGGGGCCUCGACCGUCAACGCCAACUACCCCAACGACCACACCCACACCGCGCCGUUCCUCGCCGAUGCCAUGCACAAGGCCUUCGUCCUCGGCCUCCGCUGCGGCACCAGCGCGCUCGCCUCGCUGGCCAAGAACACGACCGCGUCCCUGACGUCAACCUACCUCGGGCCCUGCAUCGACAACUACAACUCUACCGUCCACGCCCUGCUGCGGUAA